GGAAUUUACAACGUUGUGGUGAAAAGAACACACACAGACACACACACACUGCACUAGACUGCCAAUGUUGAGAUCUCCAGUUACAGGACAUUCAGAGAAAUCAAGGACAAGAAACAGUGAAGAUGGACACAAAAAAAUAUGCAGUGGUGGAAUUUACAGAGGACAGUGCAGUGGAACUAGUCCCAACCUCGUGGUUGGAAGAGACCAAAGAGGGAACGUUCUGUUACUGGACAUUUGGAAACAUAAGGCAGCUUGUAAAAAACUGCACAAUGCCAGACAAAGGAAAGUGGAGGCGGUGUCUAAUAAAAAAAAUCUGGCUAAGAACAGACUCAUACACCAAAGGUGUCCAGAAAUGCCGGCGUGUUGUGGAGACCUCAAAUAUUGAAACAGAGGAAAGCUCCACAACGAAAAAAAAGAGGGCACACAAAAAGCCAACAAGAUAUCUGUCUGAAACAGAUUCCUCCUCAGAUGAUGAUAGCAGAGUUUUCCCAACUGAGAAUAAAACCCUUUCAAAACCUCUUCCACCCAAAUAUAAGCCAUUCUCCAAUUUUCAGCCUCUGGACAAUGCAGAAGCAUCACCGCCAGCAUCCCGGCUAUCGUGUAUGGCACAACCCCUUCAAGCUGCCUCACAGCUCCUCUUAGAAGAGCCCCAGUGUUCUUCAGAAGCAGCAACAAAGAACUAUCGCACAAAAGUCUUGCAAAAACUGCAAGACAUUGCAGAAACCCAGCAAGACAUCUUAGCGAUGCAAAGAAGCAUACUGGCUGCUGUUGCUGGGACGGUGACAGUGACUGAGGAAGGGGGGGACAUCCUGGAAAAUGGACCAUGCCAGACUGUGGAUGAGCUGAAUACGCUAAACACAGAACUGGGAAAUAAGGACAAAAGGACCAAGCUGAUGAACUACCUUCGAUCGCUUGGAGGAACAAAUUCAGGGGCAGCCGUGCGCAAAAUGUUGCGCAAGGUUGCAUCAAACAACGUCUUGAGUGCCUACAGUUUAAAAGGGAAAAAAGGGAAACUAGCCUUCAAAGACUUAAUUAUCUGUGAUAUAAUUAUAGGAGCAACGCAAAAGCUUUUUAGGUCUUUAAAGGCAGCUGACGUGGAAGACCUUAUUUCAAUGGUGCUAAAAUUUGCCCCACACAGGCAUUUAAAAUGAUGAUGGGGAAUUGAAGAUGUGUGGUGAAAUAUUUUUUUCAUAUUUCAUUAUAUGAUGUGUAAAUAUGUUGUUUAAAUU